GUCGCGUCGUGCGCGUCGAUGUGCUGCACCUGUCCGAUAUUAACGCGGGAAAACCAACCACGUGACAAGUGUGACGAGUAUUAUAGAUAUAUAAUAUAAUAAUUAAGAGGAAGGUGGGCGUAGCUGAUGCCUACGUGCCGAUGACAGGAGGACCGUCGCCUCGUAGUCGCAUUUUCCGCGCAUAUCGAGAAUUUGACGACUGACUGCGUGUCUUUUCUCUUCUUCUUCUCCUUCAUGUUUUUAUUUUCAUUUCUUUGUUUCUUUUUCAUUUUCGUUAUUCAAUCUUCAUUUCUUUUUUUCGCGUGUGAGUUGGUGCGAUCUUUCACCUCUUAUAAUACAUCCGACUAUCUUGUGGUGACCAGUUGGCAAAGCAAAGGGGGAUUUGUUUGAAAAUCGAAGAAUACAAAGUGCUUCGAAAGUGCCUGAUUAUAUCGCAUUGGAAUUUCGAAUCUUUGAUCGUCCACGGAAUUUGGUCAAGUUGAAGAAAAUCAAGGGAAAACAAUUCGUCGUGGACAAUCGGGGAGGAGCCGUCAACCUGGAGGCCACGUGUCCGAAACGACGGAAAUGUGAGGCCGACGGGAAGGAGACCAAGACGGAGCUGGCAGCGCAGCGCAAUAUGUUCCCCAGCGCUCAAAUAAAAAUGAGAUUGCUAUCGCCAAGCAGUUCGCCAGCAACGUCGCCAACGAUGUCGAACUCCUCUUCGCCCACUCCUCCGACCCCCGCGGCCCCCGCCUAUAACCAAAAAAUGACGGGGAUCCCCUGCGUCGCUGCAGCCUCGAGGUACACGGCCCCUGUCCACAUUGACGUUGGCGGAACGAUUUAUACCUCAUCCCUCGAAACCCUGACCAAGUACCCAGAAUCGAGAUUGGCAAAGCUGUUCAACGGUAGUAUACCGAUUGUCUUAGACUCGCUUAAGCAACACUACUUCAUAGACCGAGACGGUGGGAUGUUCAGGCACAUUUUAAACUUCAUGAGAAAUUCCCGUCUGCUCAUACCCGAGAACUUUGCAGACCUGGAUCUACUCCUGGAAGAGGCACGGUACUUCGAGAUUGCACCAAUGUGCCGGCAGCUCGACCAGAUGAAGAAGGAGCGCAUAAAAAACGGUGGAACGGGCUCUUCGCCGAGCCCGACGCCGACACAGCCCAACUGUGGUAGCGGGGGCGGACCGCAGGGGUUCAGAGACUCGGAGAAGCGAGGAAGCGACUCCUACGAGUGCGUGGCGCUCCACGUCAGCCCGGACCUGGGUGAGCGGGUGAUGCUGUCGGGGGGUCGAGCGCUCCUCGACGAGGUCUUUCCGGAGACGACCCAAGCGGUGAUAGACGCGCGUUCAGGAGUCGCUUGGCACCAGCAGGACGCACGGCACGUGAUCCGAUUCCCCCUGAACGGCUACUGCAAGCUAAACUCGGUGCAGGCGAUAACAAGGCUGUUGAACGCGGGGUUCCGGGUCGUCGCUAGCAACGGAGGCGGCGUCGAGGGUCAGCAGUUCUCCGAAUAUCUCUUCGUCCGGCAGUCGGUGAACACCUGACAAAUGUCCUCGCCACCCGCGAGCCGCUGCAAAUCGGCAGAUUCGCAAAACCGAUAGCCGAGCCCCGCGGCACCGCGAAACGCGGGUUGCCGUCCGCCAGGCGCGAGUCCAUUACGCAUCUCGCUGUUAGGCAUGCGCUGCUUAUUCUCCGCGGCGAAUAAUUGCGCUCUCUAGCGCAACGGUACCGUGUUAUUUUCUUCGACUGUAAGUCGCACAGUACCACCAGCUAUUUGGAUUGCGCAACUCGGUACAGCCACGGCGCAAGUAUAAAACGCACCGCAAUUAGGCGAUAAAAUACAUUUUUACCUCCCGUUGAAAGCUGUGCAGGGAUGUUUCAUUGCGCGCGGUCUCGUCUAACGCGGCUCACUUUACUGUGAGAAGUGAAAAUCAUUUUCUCGUCUGCUCUGGGAAACCGUGGAUAUAUAAGUAUCGGCUGUACGCUAGACUAGUUUCGUUUAUUUAUUUAUUGUAAUAGUUAUUACGCACGAUAGAACGAUCGAUGAUGAGAGUAUUUUGCAUAAGUAUUGUAUGUUUCAUAGGGAUUUUGUUAUUCAUGUCUUCAAAUUUUAGGUGUCAUGAUUCAUUUUUACACCCUCAUCUAUGAUGCAUUUUUAUACUCGGUGUAAGAUCUUCAAUCGAUACCAUUGUCAUUCGCCUUUGAAAUUUUUCGUGAUGCAGAUAUGAUACGCUUUUACCAAGCUAUAGGGAAUACUUGUGACAACCGAAUUGCAUCAAUUUUUGCAAACAAAUACCAUGAUCUCCGCGGGUUGAAAUGAAAAGACUGUGGAUACGGUAUACGGUGAUAAAUUAUUGUUUGAAACCAUCAUCUGUAAUUCUGUACUCAUUAUUGUUAUUAUCAGUUAGUUUUACAACCACGAUCGAGGAUUUACAGGUACUGUGUUCGAUUUCUUUUUUUCAUUUCUUCAUUUUUAUGUAUUUAUGAUAAUUUACACUUCAUAUUAUAUAUCGCAUAUUUGUAUUUAAAUAAUGCUAUCAGAGAACGAAAUACAAGAUAAGCAAGAAAAACAAAAUUUUAUUGUACAUAUUAUAAUUGUGCACUUGUAUAUUAUACAUUCUAAGCAUUGUUCUAAACGUACUUAUAAUUUUACUGUAGAUAAUAAACUAUAAUGAUUAUUAUUAUUAUUGAUAUUAUUAUAACAACGAAAUGUGAAACGUUGAUCUCAUUGAUAAAAUUACUAUUAUUACUGUUCCAUAUCUUCGUUAAUAAUCCUGGGAAUGCAUUUAUAACCUCUGCUGUUCUUGCAUACAUUACAGUUCUGCAAAUAAGAAUUUGAAUCGUAGCAGCACGGUUUAUCUAACCACGAAAAUUCCUAUCUCUACAAUUCGAUCUUGAAUAACUUGCUGAAAGAACCGCACA